GCGAGAGCGGGCCUCGGGGCGGCGGCGGACGGACGCGGCCUGAGGGAGCGGCCGGCUGCCGCGCGGGGCUCGCCUCGCCCGCGGCGGGGUCCAUGGCCUGAGCGGCCAUGUCCGGCGUGGUGCGGACCCUCAGCCGCUGCCUGCUGCCGGCCGAGGCCGGCGGGGCCCGCGAGCGCAGGGCGGGCGGCAGCGGGGCCCGCGACGCGGAGCGCGAGGCGCGGCGGCGCAGCCGGGACAUCGACGCGGGGCUGGCCCGCGAGCGGCGCGCCGUGCGGCGCCUCGUCAAGAUCCUGCUGCUGGGCGCGGGCGAGAGCGGCAAGUCCACCUUCCUCAAGCAGAUGCGCAUCAUCCACGGCCGCGAGUUCGACCAGAAGGCGCUGCUCGAGUUCCGCGACACCAUCUUCGACAACAUCCUCAAGGGCUCCAGGGUCCUGGUUGAUGCACGAGACAAGCUGGGCAUCCCGUGGCAGUUUUCGGAAAAUGAGAAGCACGGAAUGCUCCUCCUGGCCUUUGAGAACAAGGCGGGGCUGCCCGUGGAGCCUGCCACCUUCCAGCUGUACGUCCCUGCUCUGCGCGCUCUCUGGAGGGACUCUGGCAUCAGGGAGGCUUUCAGCCGCAGGAGCGAGUUCCAGUUGGGUGAGUCCGUGAAGUACUUUCUGGAUAACUUGGACCGGAUCGGCCAGCUGAAUUACUUUCCCAGUAAGCAGGACAUCCUGCUGGCACGGAAAGCCACUAAGGGCAUCGUGGAACACGACUUUGUCAUUAAAAAAAUCCCCUUUAAGAUGGUGGACGUGGGCGGCCAGCGGUCCCAGCGCCAGAAGUGGUUCCAGUGCUUUGACGGGAUCACGUCCAUCCUGUUCAUGGUGUCAUCCAGCGAGUACGACCAGGUGCUCAUGGAGGACAGGCGCACCAACCGGCUGCUGGAGUCCAUGAACAUCUUUGAGACCAUCGUCAACAACAAGCUCUUCUUUAACGUCUCCAUAAUCCUCUUCCUCAACAAGAUGGACCUCCUGGUGGAGAAGGUCAAGACCGUAAGCAUCAAGAAGCACUUCCCAGACUUCAAGGGCGACCCCCACAGGCUGGAGGACGUUCAGCGCUACCUGGUCCAGUGUUUCGACCGGAAGAGACGUAACCGCAGCAAGCCGCUGUUCCACCAUUUCACCACCGCCAUAGACACGGAGAAUGUCCGCUUCGUGUUCCACGCUGUGAAGGACACCAUCUUGCAGGAGAACCUGAAGGACAUCAUGUUGCAGUGAGAGAGGCACCCCUGCCGACCGUGACGGCCUCCGUGGCCCUGGCCAGCCACGCCUGCCCAGGCCCAGGGUGGGCCUCCCAGAUCUGCACCACCGUGCCCACCACGCCACCGCGCACCAGGCCCGGGGACACGGACACUCAGACAUUAGCUACUGAACCCAGGGCGUAGUCAAACUACUGAGAAUCCGAGGGGUCACUCUGGUAUGAAUUCAUGAUACUAGUAACACCGCUUCUCUCUCUUUCCAGAAACCGCACUCCUCUCCUGACACAGUAGCGCGAGGACUGUGUGCAGGGAGGGGAGGGUGUGCACACGCACUCUGGGAUUACAAGAGCACAAGCCUGCUGGCCUUGCAGAGGCCUUUUCCCUCUAACCCACGACCCUUCCGUGAGAGACACUAACCUGAGAGCUUCGCUGUUGGCGGUUUGCGGGAGGGCAGGGCCCCCACCACCUCCCAGAGCAAGCACGCCGCCUUUUAAUACUCUGGUGCCGGCUUCUGGGGAGACCCGAGCCCGGGCACCCUAGACCAGGCCAGGGCCCCCGCUUUACAGGGUGGGAGCGUACUUGCCUUAGCGCCCCACAGCCGGUGCACCGGCAGGGGUGCGCCUCUGCCCCACACGCCCGGUGCUGGUUACCCACCCCCACCUGUGACUUCUGUCCUACGCGUCACCUCCCGAUACCACAGCGCGGCUGCAGUCGCUCUCCCUUCCCUUGGAGGGCGGGAAAGCGCUUCCUACUCCUCUGGGGACCCCUGAAAACCAGCAGGACUCCCAGCAGAGCCUCUGCGAAUGCCACAGCUGCCCUUGCAGGAGCCCCGACUCUGCAGCCAGAGUCCGCGUCACUGCACACUGCUGCCACCUCGUGCCUUUGGACAGCCGGCACCUGCUCCUGGCCCUGCCCGAAGCCGUGUGCUCACCAGGGUGUCUUCUGCGCAUGUGCCCCCGGCCCAAGUGAACACUGCCAGGCCCGGCUCCCGGCCGUCCAGGAAGAGCUGUCCGGGGCCCUGACGCUCAGACACGGGCGGAUCUUCCCCGCCCCCCAUGCCCCCUUCCACUCCCAGUGCCCAGGUGUUUCUUGCCGGCUGUCACAGGCACUGUGUCCCAAGCCGGUGCUGCUCUGUGUUCACCUGAUAGAAACGCCUGCUGGGCUAGGACUUUGCCUGGUGUUCAGAAGGAAACAGGAAGCCUCCCCUUGCGGGCCCCAGGUGAUCACUGUGGCCGAGUAGCACAGGCAAGGCUGUCCCAAGGCUGUCACAGAUGCUGUGUCCCUUUUGCGUCUCCUUGGCUCGUUUCCAGCAGUCUGGUGGCAGGUGCUGACCCAGGAGGAGAGGACCAGGGCCUGCCCCUGACUCGUCCUUGUUAUCAGUGUUCUCUGGGAGGAGACCGCAGGACUCUCUCUCUUUCUCUCUCUCUCUCACUUUCUCUCUCUCUCUCUCUCUCUCUCUCUCUCGGUGCUCAAGGCUUUGUGUCCAUGGUUGUUGGGGUUUGUGGCUUUUUUGGCUGGAAAAAAUUUGCUGUUUUGCACUGCUUCCCGGGGCUCCUCAUGAACUGAAGGAUGUGACCCAGGGUCAGUGCCGAUAACUGUGGCUCAAAGGGAAAGGAGCAGUCCUGGCAACCUCCCUGGUGCGGUCCAGGAUCCUUUCAUGUGGCUACAGGGUCCCCGGUGUGGCGGGCUCUCCUCGCCUGUCACCGAGGGGGCCUCCCCAGCCGCUGCUCACCAGUGUGGGAGCCUCCCGCCCCCAGCCCGGGCACCAGCUGGGCGCAUUCACAGUGCCCCCGCCCCUCUACCUGGCUGACCAGAAGCGCACAAGUACAGGGGUGGGGCUGCACCGAGCUCCUGGAAGGCAGGGAGGGCACCAGGCCCGGGUCCCUGACCCGCAGGCCCCAGCCCCCCACCUUCCUGGGCCCGGGCUUCCACUCCUGCUGACCUCGGGGUGUGUGGGGAGAUGGCUGAUGGCCCUGGCACUAAGUUCUGGGCUUGGUGGGGGAUUGUAUUUGCAAGACUCAACUAAAAUCAUUCACAGCUUUCCUACACAUAGACUAGUCGUUUUAUCUCCAAAACCUUCGGCUUUUGUAUUUUUUUAAUUACACUGUUAUCCUCGAUUAUUGUCUUUUUUAUUGAGUUGUUGGAGAAGUGGGAGAUAGUCGUGCCUCAUUCUAUUAUUGCAAAAAUGUAACAAUAAAAUUCCUCAAAAUAAGA